AUGGCGAACGUUGACUCGACCGCUAUGUUCAUCGCCUUCAUCACCUGGUAUCGGCAGCCCUGUUCCCGCCGUAUGUUCUAUGCCAUGCGCAUGGACACGAUCAUGACGCAUAUCGAUCACGGAGGUAAAGGCCCGGUGACCGACACUGAGUGGGUCGAGGAUCAUUACGUUCCUAUCAGGAAGGUGCUAUGCGAUGGUAUUUUGUGCAGGCGGUGUCGAGCACAUGGUGGGCAUUCUAUUCUCCCUAAUGGCUUCAUCUUCCGCUGGUUCAGCCCUUUGUGGGAAAGCUUAUACAUGACUAACCGGAAGCCGCACCUGAACUUGUGGGUUCCCGCGGACGGCUAUGAGUACCGUGAUCCAGCCGACGGUGCACGCUCUCGUGGCAAUGUUGCGCGUGACCAUUAUGGGACUUGCUUGGUUCCGCGGAGCAGGUGGGCGGAGGUGGCCGCUAUCAUGGGCAUCGAGCCACCUGACGGAGUGGACACUGCAUUGGAUGUCACGGUGGACAUGGCAUUGGACCCUAGUACGGAUCACGUAACCGCCUCUGCGCUGCAAGAGGCUCUGGAUCCAAUCUGUGAGCAAGCGGACGCGGACGACUCGCAGCUCUGA